GUAGCUAGGCGAAGUCAGCCUCUUUCCUGUUGUCAAACCGGGCUGCCCUAUUUUCUACGUAUUUCCGGUGUGCGGUAUAUACACUCUUACUAUCCAAGAGAGUGUUGAAAGCCCCGGGCCGGGAGACGCCGCCACCGGGAACAGAACGGGGAGAAGCCGAGAAACAGUAGAAGGAUAAAGUUUCAGAAAUGUCUUUCAUAUUUGACUGGAUUCAUAACGGCUUCAGCAGCGUGCUGCACUUUUUAGGAUUAUACAGGGCAUCUGGGAAGCUAGUAUUUUUAGGCUUGGACAAUGCUGGAAAAACCACACUGCUGCAUAUGCUAAAAGAUGACCGGCUCGGUCAGCAUGUACCUACACUACAUCCAACAUCCGAAGAGCUGACCAUUGCAGGGAUGACCUUUACCACAUUUGACCUAGGUGGACAUGAACAAGCUCGUCGGGUUUGGAAAAAUUACCUGCCAGCAAUCAAUGGAAUUGUCUUUCUUGUGGACUGCUUAGAUCAUGGGCGCCUUAUGGAGUCUAAAGUUGAGCUCAAUGCACUCAUGACGGAUGAAACAAUAUCUAAUGUGCCAAUUCUCAUCCUGGGGAACAAAAUCGACAGGCCAGAAGCAAUCAGUGAGGAAAAACUUAGGGAAAUCUUUGGAUUAUAUGGACAGACCACAGGAAAAGGUAAUGUGCCACUGAAGGACCUAAAUGCUCGCCCAAUGGAAGUGUUUAUGUGCAGCGUGCUCAAGAGGCAAGGAUAUGGUGAAGGUUUCCGUUGGCUGUCCCAGUACAUUUACUGAAUUGUUUCCCUUCCCCUCACUACUUUUUCCUUUCCAUGGAUCGGCAAGAAAAUAAAAACAAGGUUAUGCCGAGUUCUACUCAUCUGGACUUUAUCCUGACGGACUUCUCUUUCAGAGUGAGGCAGACUCACACAGGCAGUGAUUAACACAAUGCAACAACCAGGAGUCUUGUGGGGAAACUUUGCUCUGAUCAAGAGUUAAUUGAUUUCGAAAGAAAACAAGUCUAUUUUUUAAAGAAUGUUCAUGUAAACUGUGCCCCUUCAGCUUUUUUUUUUUUUUUUCUUUUAAAUCACUUUGUUUGGUCCAGAGUUUGUGUUAGGCUUUUUUUUUUUUUAAUCUACGUAUUUAAUGGUAUUUAGAUAUUUCACAACAACAACGCUGAAGUUUCAUGACCUUAGAAGUCCGCAAUAAACAUACUUUUGCGCUGGCAUGCUCUUCAACAGUGAUUUUGCUUUGGCAGCAUGCCUGAUUUCUGAAUGUUGGUGGAGGUAAAUAACAGGAGCCUCAACAGCAGCCAAUACUUCAUUGGUUUUUGCUGAAUAGAGUGAAAAUUAGCAGAGGUCAUAGUAACACAGACACUUGGUUUUUCUAUAGGUGCAUAAAUUAGUUUUUGCCUGGUUUUUAAUAUAGUAUAACCAUCUCCAAAAAUAAGAUGUAAGGGUGCAUGCCCCCCCCCACAAGGAACUGUAUACUAUGAGCACUUAAAUAAUUUAAUACAUAUAGUUGUUAUGAUGGCAAUUUCUAAAGAAUAUGCUAUAAAGAAAGUGUGACAGUGCCGUUUCAGUGCCAUGGGGAAUUAAAAUGGAAUACUUUCAUAGAUAAUUGUUGUAUUUUAAUAUACACAACCCUUCUCUGUAGUCCAUUUUUUGGACUGAAAUUUUGGAAAGCACUGGUGUGGCAUACCGUAUGGAGCUGUUUGUAGACAUGCUGUGAUGUCAGCCGGUCAUAGUCUACCUUUUGGGCAGAAAUUGCUGUGCAUCAAUUUUUACAUGCUGUGGGCCAAUUAUUUGCCAUACUGCAAGUUUGAGGUGUUUGUCAUCCAAUGAUGAUGUCAUGCAAUGAUGAUGUCAUACAGAGAACUCUGUGGGGCCCUUUGGCAGACUUGGGGACAAUUAGUGAGGGUCAGAUCAGGCCGUGGGCUUCUGAUUGAAUGGCCGUGGUCUAAACCAAAAACUCAAGCCCUCUGUUGCGAUUACAUAAUUUUUCUUAGACUAGGUAGAGCUAUGUUAAUAUAACAUGCAGAAAGGUGUUGGCGUGACAGUUUCUUGCAUACUGGUAAAGUCUUAUUGGUAACGUUUUACAAUAAGGGAUAAUCUAAUUCGAAUAUAAUAGUCUAUAUUAACAUGCUUGUGAGUAAGGAUAUUUCUUUGGCAAGACAAAACCCAUUUCUGUCCAUUCUCUGUAAAUGGACCUGAAUGCAAGAAUAUUUUGAUCUAUUAGAAUAAUCUGUUUAAUAUAAACCAUACUGUGCUUCACAAUAAAGCCCUGGUUUUCUUUUCUUGCCAGCAUUUAAUUGCAACACAUUUAUCUAGAACUAAAAUAAAAUGGUCAUGUGAUAAUA